AUGACUACCGGCUUCGCUGUCCGUAAGAACGGAUCCUGCCUUCGAACCGAGACUGACUGUGGUGAAACAGUCGGCGGGUUUCGCGGCUGCUGCCCGGGAGGUACAUUCUGCCCUCACGCCUACAACAUCGAUUGUUGCCCAGCCGGUAAAAAUUGCACAGAGUCGUUGGUGCAGGAACCGAGGUGUGCGAAUGCAACAUGGGAUCUGUAUGACAAUGGAGGGUACUUUUGCUGUCCACACGACACGAUAGGAUUCGCGCUGGCAGGACAAUAUGAUGGUUGUGCCGGCACGGGUUACUCAUUUGGUGAUCAGGAUACAAGGCUAGAGGUCAUCUCUUCAGGGACUGCUACUCAGACAUCCUCCCCGUCGUCGUCGUCAGGUGUAGAUAAGGGUGCAGUUGCAGGUGGUGUCAUCGGCGGCGUCGCCGGUGUAGCCCUCAUUGCAGCCUUUGUUUGGCUAUUCAUGAGGCGCCGGUCACGGCCCCAGCCAGCGGCUUUACAAGACGGGAACACGCCGAUUCAUGAUUACAAAUACGUGUCAAGUCAGCCCGUCGAAGUGGAUGGGCAGGGAUACCGAUAUGAGCUGGAGAGUCGGCCUAAUGCUCCAGUUCACGAGUUACCGGCACAGCUCCCAGGCCGGUGA